AUGGCAAGCGACGAGGAAAGGGGGGUGGUUCGAGUCAAAGUAAAGAAAUGUGAUGGCUCACUUCCUAUGGAGUUUCGUUCCUUUGCUGUUGAUCCCCAAAUUACAUCAUUGGAGGUGUUGCAGCAUAUUCUAAUCAAAGCCUUUGAUUUGAAUGGGAAGCGGAAUUUCGAGGUCAGUUACAUGUCUCGAGGCGUCAGCGUUGCAGAGAUGUACCUGUCUUUGGUGUCUGAUGGGGAUUUGGAUGCUGCGUUUGCUAGUGCAGCCAAACCAUAUCUACAGCUCAAAAUGGAUGUGAAACCUUCAGAAGACAGCCCUGUUAUGGAGGACUGGGACAUCAUAAGCCCCAAAGAUGUUAUUGGCUCUGAGCAGCUUUUUGCAGAAAGGACUAAAUCUUUGGCAUCUGCAGCACUUCCUUUCACCCAGUCUUUAAUGUCCCAGGUUGGUCGGACGCUAACGCGAGUUCAGCAGGCAUUCAGCUGGUCAUACGGGGAGGAAAUCAAGCCUUUUAAGCCCCCUCUAAGUGAUACAGAGUUUCAUAGUUACCUCAAUGGGCAAGGACAGCUGACACGACCAGAGGAACUAAGGCUACGAAUCUACCAUGGAGGUGUUGAGCCUUCCUUACGAAAGGUUGUCUGGAGAUACCUUCUCAAUGUGUACCCUGAUGGACUAAGUGGUCAGGAAAGAAUGGACUACAUGAAGCGAAAGACGAGAGAAUAUGACCAAUUGAAGAAGGAAUGGACGGCCCACGUCAGUCACGAGGAUCUUGAAUUUAUCCGGGGAAAUGUACUCAAAGACGUCUUAAGGACAGACCGUGCCCAUCCCUACUACGCAGGCUCAGAAGACAGUCCGCAUUUGACUGCUCUCACAGACUUGCUGACUACGUUCGCCAUCACACAUCCACAGAUCUCAUACUGUCAAGGAAUGAGUGAUAUUGCUUCCCCUAUCCUUGCUGUGAUGGACAAUGAAGCGCAUGCCUUCAUUUGCUUUUGUGGCAUUAUGAAACGCUUGGAGGGGAACUUCCGGCCUGAUGGACAGCUCAUGUCUAUUAAAUUCCAACAUCUCAAAUUACUUCUGCAGUACUCAGAUUACGAAUUCUACUCUUACCUGCUUUCCCGAGGAGCUGAUGACCUUUUCUUUUGUUACCGCUGGUUACUUCUGGAGCUCAAACGAGAAUUUGCCUUUGACGAUGCUUUACGGAUGCUAGAAGUGACUUGGAGUUCCCUCCCUCCUGACCCUCCUGAAACUGAAGUGGAGCUCCUUGGACCACCAGUACAGUCUGACAAAACACGUUUCAAAGACAGGGAAAGCGUCCUCGGGCGUGACUGGGAAAUAAAGGAGAAGCAGCGUCGACAGCAUAUGCUUCGACCAUCAAGAGAAGAACAUCAGGUCAGUUGGAAUACUGUCAGUGAAGACAAAACCGGACCUGGAAAUGAUAGAGCAAUUGUGGGCAAGGCAAGUUUGGUGACUCCUUCAAUCGAGGACAGUUUUGGCGAAUUUAAAUAUUAUACUGCCCAAAAUGAAGAUUCAUUGAAUAUUAAACAGCAACAGGGUUUGACUGAUGGUACAUCAUCACGUCAUCCAACUCGUCAGUCCACCACCGAUAGUGAGGAGGAUCUUGGAGAAAGAACGCCGCUUAUAAAAUGCAAAGAAUUUUCCCCAGAAUCUCCAAUUUCUAAGAAUGACACUGUAAAUCAUUCCUCUUCAGCCUUACCUUCCAGUUGGUCAACGGCGAUUCCUGACUCUCCACCGCAAACAUCAUUCAGUUUCACAAGCAGUGGAAGAGAGGCCUUAUCAAGAACUGUCCCAAAAGUAAUCACAUCUUCUGCGCAAUUGCUCAGAAGUACAGGGUUGAAUUUGACAAACCCCUCUGUAAAACAAUGUGCUACAUCUCACACGCAUACGAAUCGAUCUUUUCUCUCGUCACCAAUUUUGCCUUUUGGAAGAGGUCCUUCACAGUCUUCUCCUAUCAACAAACCCUCAAUCACCACUUCUACUAACAUGGACUGUUCCCCCAAAGUGGAGACCGCCAUCAAACCGUGUUCUCUCCCUCCUCCCCAAGAGUUCGGAAAAGGCAAUCCCUUCAUGCUAUUUUUGUGCCUGUCCAUCUUGCUGGAACACCGGGACCACAUCAUCAAGAACAGCCUGGAUUACAAUGAGCUCGCCAUGCACUUUGACCGCCUAGUGCGCCGCCACAACCUCAGCAGGAUCCUGCAGCGAGCAAAAGCCUUAUUUGCAGACUACUUGCAGAGUGAAGUGUGGGAAUCCGAGGAAGGGGACGAGGUUAGCUCUGAUUCGCCCACAUCAACCGCUGCUCAAUACUCCCCAUCUUUAACCAUCGCCGCUCGUCCUAUUUAUAGCCCUUUAUCAUCCCCUCAGACGACAACUCGGAACUCAACCUAUAACCUUGCGACGACCAUUCCCUCGCCAACAACUGAAGUUUCCCUUUCCCAUAUAUCGUGA